UAUGGCCGAAACGAUACUAGAACUCGAUGGUCUGCCAGACGAAUGCUGCAAAAUUGAAUCAAAGUUGAAAUUGCAUUUCCAAAAUAAAAGAAAAUCCGGAGGACAAAUUACAGAGCUUCGCAAACACCCAACAGAUGUCAAAAAGGCUUUACUCGUCUAUCUGGAAGGGGAAGACGCUAAGAAAGUAAUUGAAAAAGGUGUGCACAAGAUUAAGAUUAAAGAUUUUGGAGAAGUGACGCUCACGGUGAAACCCUAUAAUGAUGAGGAGGACGUUUCCACGCCAGUGGAAAAGAAGCCCCCUCCUGUUGCACCUCGUCCCAAGUGGACACCUGGGUCACCAAAAAAGCCAACUACUCCCUCGCCGGGCAAGACGAUGACCAAGGAUGGCACAGAUUCUGCAAAGCUGCCUAUCCAGAAGACACCCGAGGAACCGUGCCAUGAUGAUGAGCAACUACAGCCUGAAGGCCUCAACAAGUCAAAGAGUGAGAGCAAUGCAAUAACUGUGACCAGCACUAAUGGCAUUGACAAGGAGACCCUGCGCAUGUAUCUCGAAGAGUUCUCAGAUCAUUUUCACAUUCAGAGCAAGGGAAAGGCACAGUGGAUUGUGAAAUUUGAUGACAAGUCAGUUGUUCAGAAGGUUCUAGCAAAGCAAGAGCAUGACCUGGGCAUCUCAGUGGAGGUGUACGAUGAGGAAGCUGUGCGGAGGAGACAGGACCCUCGCCGCUUUAUCCUAAGUGGAUUUGAUGAGAAGUGCCCACUGAAGGUAAUCAAAUUAUACAUCAAUAGCUGCUGUAAAGGACAGGAGAACAAAUGGGAGAGUCUGGAUGAUGACAAGAUACUGGUGACCUUCAAAGAUGACAUGGAUGUACAAUCCUUCCUGACGAGGUGCGGCAGCAAGAAAUGUAAGGAUGCGGAGAUCACAGCCACGUGUGUGGAGCACACGGACUCAAUCCUUGUCCAAGGCGACAUGAGUGAAAUUUCAGAGGACGCGCUGCUUUUGUACUUCAGUAACAGGAAGAGGAGUGGAGGAGGUGACUACGAAGACCACAAAUGGCUUGAGGAGAAAAAAAGCCUUGUAAUCACUUUCGAAGAUUACCACGUUGUCAGCAAGCUAAUGGAGAAAAGGCACAGCGUCUAUAACAGAGAUCUGACAGUGUCACUGUUCUACCCCAGUCUACAAAAGCCACUGGUGGGAAUAGCCCCGUCCUCACUGGUCACCCCCUCCGACAUCACUCUCCCCAUCAACCCCACCCUGUAUGAUUACAUCAUACGCAACGAAGUGUGUAAGAAGGAGAUGAUGACUGAACUCUGUAAGCUACACAGCAACGUCGCCUUUGACGAUAGUGCAGAGACGAGUCUCAUACUGAGUUUUGAUGCCGAGCCGCAGACACUGCUUGCCUUGAGGCUGGGGUCCAAGUGGGAGGCCGAAGCCAAGAAGGCAGCCCAGGUCCUUUUGGAGAAGUACAGCGUGAGCGAACUGCCCGUGGAGCCAGAUGUCUGGACUCGGAUCGAGGAUGAUGCGGUGAAGCUGAGCUCCCUGAACGCCACCGUGCGCUAUAGGAAGGAGGCUGGCGAGGUGGUGGUUGUGGGUCUUCAGGGGGAUGUCGAGGGUUGCGCAGAAGAGAUCGGGAAGAUCGCAGAGACUGCUCUCAAUCAGCUGGAGGUGGAAAGGAACACUAUCGAGAGGGAGGUCAAAGUGCACUCCAGGGAAGAGCUGGACUUCAUAUGGGAACGUUGGCACACUAAGAUCACCAAUGUUCACCGAUGUGAACUUCUGAAGGAUGAAACUGACUUGGCUUUUGUCCUCCAGGGAUUGAGGGAGCAGGUGACGAAGGCAGAAGAGGUCCUGACCAAUGUUAAGCAAAAUGUGGUCAAUCAGUCUCUUCAACUCGAACCAGCCCUUUUAGAGUUCAUUAUCAAAGUUGGUCCAAAGAAAUUAGGAAAAGACCUAGCUCAAAGCAACAUAUUUGUUUCCUUGCACAGCCUAGAGGAGACGAUUCAGAUCAUUGCAGAUCAGGGGGAUGUGAAGACGGCCGAAGACAAACUUGCUGAGAUACUCAAAGAGGAAAAGAUCCCUCUCAAUCCGGAGCAGAGUAUGGUCACCCAUGGUGAGGACUGGAAAGACUUCUAUGAGAGCCUGAAGAACGAGGUGAAAUCCAGCAACAACAUACUCAAUCUCAAAGUUACAGAAGCUGAUAUCCAGGUCUGUGGCUAUUCGGCCGUGGUGGCGGAUGUGUCAAGGAAGUUGAAGGGAUAUCUGGAACACAACAAGCCAGCAACGGAAGAGGUAGCGUUGACGUCAGUGAGAGAAGUGGAGUUUGUCGACUCCUGCAUGAACCUCUCCACAGCUCCGGAGCUGGAGCGUCUUUAUGUGACCAUAUUGCCCAACUUGACUCAGGCCUCACCAAGUCUGAAGAUCACUGCACCAAGCAGUUCCAUCAAAGAAGCCGUGACUGUGGUGGAGAAUAAAGUGAAAGCAAUUGUGAAAGACACUUUCCGUUACCCCAAGGCAGGACAGUCCAAGGUCCUGGAGAAACACAAGCACAGCCUCCAAACUAAAGCCAAAGACAUGGGCUGCAAACUCUACUUUGAUAAGAAAGCGGCCUUUCUCCUGCUACCUCCUGUGGCUGCUCCUGCUACCAACCCUGCUGCCGCUCCUGUUGCUGCUACUCAACAAUCUGCCGGGCCUGGAGGACUGUCUCCAACAUCAAGUUCAGGAAAAGUCAUCAUCAAUGGUGUGCCAGUCUGCUUGAAGAAAGGAGACAUAACUACAGAGGCCGUUGAUGUCAUUGUGAAUUCCUCCAAUAACUCUCUGGAUCUUGACACUGGUGUGUCCGGGGCCAUUCUCAAAGCUGCAGGGAAGGCGGUGCAAGAUGAAUGCAAAGCUCUUGGCACUCAACCGUCUGAUGCUGUGGUCCUUACCUCUGGUGGAAACCUCUCCUGUAAGCAUAUUGCCCACACGACGGGGUUCAACACUGAUGCUGACAUUACAUCCUCCAUUGAGAAGGUUCUAGCGCUCUGUGAGAGAGAGACUACUUCUUCCUUGUCGGUUCCUGCCAUCGGAACAGGCCGAGCUGGUAUUGGAAAUAAGAUGGCGCUCAGUGCUAUUGUGAAAGGCGUGGAGAACCAUCUAUCUAGCACCACCUCAACCAGCAUCAAGGCCAUCAACCUAGUCGUUUUUGAACAGAACGUCUUUGAUGCCUUCUCAGACUACUUCAAAAAGAAAAACACAAAGCUGCCUUCUGCAACAAAACACAGUCACCGUGGAACCCUUCCUGCAAAUGAAGUGAUAAUCAGUGGCGUGAGGAUUCAAGUGAAGAAAGGAGACAUUACCACAGAGUCUGUGAAAGCCAUCGUGAACACCACCAACAGUAGCAUGGACUUGAAAAAUGGAGUUUCAGGAGCCAUUUUCAAGGCUGCUGGGUCAUCGGUAGAGCAGGAGUGCCAGAACCAUGGCGGUCUCCAGGGACACGAUGCUGCGGUGACCAGCGCUGGCAACCUGCAGUGUGACUUCAUCAUCCACAUGAUGGGCCCACACUCUGCAGCCGACGCCACUGCACGCGCGCAGAAGGUCCUGGAGAGGUGCGAGGAGAAAGGCAUCACCACCGUCUCCUUCCCAGCCGUCGGCACGGGUGGAGGGGGUGUGCAAGGGCAGGACGCCGUGGCUGCCAUGCUGCAGGGCAUGGAGGACCACUUGUCCCAGCGCCCCUCAACAGCCCUCAAGCUCAUCUACAUAGUCAUCGACCGUGACGACAUCCUCCAGGCAUUUCUGCAAGGACUCAAGCACUGGACAGCCAACAAGCAGGGGAAUGGCGAUGACAGCAGCACUGGAGGAGAAGACUCUGCUUCAUCAGAUUCAUCAGAUUCAUCAGAUGACAUGUCAAAUGACAAAACGAGUGAAACAAUGAUUGGGAAAAUUAAAGUCAAAGUGUUCUGUGGUGACCUCACAAAAGAAACGACAGACGCCAUCGUCAAUAGCACCACUACAAGUCUGGACUUGAACUCAGGUGUCUCAGGGGCCAUUUUGAAAGCUGCUGGACAGACUGUGGUAGACGAAUGCACAUCAAAAGGCACUCAGCCCAGCGAUGGUGUCGUCCUAACCAAGGCUGGUAACCUGGCAACCAAACACAUUGUGCACAUGGUUGGUCAAACCAGCGAGAAAAGCAUCACAAGCUCAACGCACAAGGUCCUACAGCUGUGUGAAGCGAGUAAUAUCAAAUCUGUUGCAUUUCCUGCACUGGGGACAGGUGCUGGAAACCUAGGAGCCACGCAGGUAGCACAGGCCAUGGUUGAAGCCAUUUCUAACUUCACCGUGGACCGUCCAAAAGCUGUGAAGUUGGUUCACAUCGUCAUAUUCCAAGCCAAGAUGUUGCCAGACUUUGUGGGGUCCCUGAAGAAGUUUAAGAAAGUGAAACCCACAGCGGCAGCAGCAGCGGCAGCUAAUACUAGCAUUGCAUCAAGCUUCGUUCAUGGUCUGAGGAGAAUGCUAGCUAGGACAACAGCUCCAGCCUCUCCUCCUCCAGCUGUGCCAGCCAAUGUACCAGCCAGUGUGCCAUUCCCCAUCAUGUCUGUCGAGGUUUACAGUACCUCCGCUAAUGACCUGCAGCGGGUCGAGAAGAUGCUGAAUGACCUGCUGUCUGAGGAGUGCUACACUCAGGAGGUGACCUCCAAACACCUGGCCCUGUUCUCAGAGCAGGACAUGAAGGCCAUGGUGGCACGUGGUCAGAAGAAGGAGGUGCAGAUCCUCCAGAGUGGCCAUGAUAAGCUCACCGUCUCGGGCAAGAAGGAUGACGUGCUGACCACUGCGGUGGACAUCCAGGAACUUCUCCUUCAGGUGCAAGAGAGGGCGACCCGAGAGAGGGAGGAGACGAGGGCCUACGAGACUGUGCAGUGGCAGAUGGCUGACGACGAGGUUUGGAAACCCUUAUCUUCCAGUGUCAGCUACGACAUCGAGCUGGCGCACCACCGGAAGGAGAAGAAGGUGGUUUUGAAGGGCCAAAACGACACCUACACGGUGGACCUGGUGAAGAAGACCUGCACAGACAGCAAGGGGACCACGCGUCGCAUAAAGCGAAGCCUACUUGGGGACUCAGACACAGCUGUUGUUCAGUAUCCAGCUACCUGGACCCCCAUGGGAGGGAAAACUGAUGACAUUGUCACACUGUCACCCACUUCUGAGGAAUACAAGAAAAUUGAAAAGACGUUCCUCACAAGCAGUGUAAACUCCAAUUCACAAUCUCCUCAGAAGUAUCAAGUAGUUCAGAUUGAGAGGAUUCAGAGUCAGACCCAGUGGCAAAGAUACGAAGUGUUGAAGCAAGCAAUUAACAAGAAGCACCCUGCUCAGAAAGACAAAAACGAGCGCUGGCUUUACCAUGGAACCACAAAGGACAUAGCUCAGAAAAUCAACACAUACGGCUUCAACAGGAGCUUCUGUGGAAGAAAUGCCACUGUGCAUGGUUUAGGGACGUAUUUCGCCAAAGACGCUUGGUACUCCUGUUGUGACACCUACUCUAACCCUGAUGACCAAGGCCUGAAGUACAUGUAUAGAGCCAGAGUGCUGACCGGCUCACCUUGCAAGUCCAAGGGCAACAUGAAGGAACCAGACCCACUGGACCCCAGCAACCCACAAGCUGGCCUGCACGACUGCGCUGUGGACAACCCACAGAAUCCCUUCAUCUUCGUGGUGUUCUGUGAUGCAGGAGCUUACCCAGAUUACCUCAUCAAGUUUAAGAAGGCAUGAAGAUGUAUAAAAUAUACAUAUAUAAUGACAUUAACAUGAAUAUUGCUCUGUUAUCAUGGGGAAACCGUUAGCAAACAUCUUCUAGUACAGUUCAAGUCUUCAGGUUCAAGAUACUUCAAGUCUGUGUAUUUCCUAGAUCCAUGUGAUGUCAGAUGAAAGCCCCUUUAGGAGAACUUUGGUUAGGAGACCUUUGGAGAGAAUGAAUGGAGUUCCCUUGGCACUGUAGAUGGUGGUAGUGCACAUCUUAUGCGAGCUGUCACCAAAUUCCCCAGAAAGAAAAGAAGGAGGUGACAAAGCCCCCUUAGGAGACCAAACUUGAGCACAUUCCUUUGCAUUGGGUGGGUGGAGUUUGAAUUAUCUUGCUGUAUUAGAAGAUGUUUGACGUUAGUCUUCCAAGUGAAACCUCUAAGUGGAGUUAUGUGCACUGUGACAUCCUCCUCUUAAGAUAAUCUCUUUGCACUGUUCUUCCAGCCUUAAAGAAUGUAGACUUGCCUUAUUUGCCACAAAUGUCUACACUAUAAGUAACUGUAACUGUAACAAUUAAUAAACUUGCACAUGAGCAAUAACUAUGUCUGUCUUUGGUAAUGAUGUGUGAUGUAAUGGUGAUGUUGGUGGCUCAUGUUUACACUAGGCCUACUGUAUAACCUUUUUGCCAUGUUUUACUUAAAUUGGAUAUGUUAAACUGGAAAUAGAAAAUUAUAUUUCUGAUGAUCAAAAUUUGGUGAACAGUGGUCACUAGUAUCCUCACCUGAAUUACACCAACACAACUUUUUAUUUUUUGUUUUGAACUUUGUGGUGAAAGUGUCCGUUGA